AUGGCUCUGCAGGAUGCUCGACGACGCCUUUACGAAGACCAAGUCAUAUUGCAUACAAAUCCUCCGAAACUCAUGGUGGGCAAGCUCAGCAAACCAGACAAUUUCGGGUGGCGAUGGUUUCAGUGCACGGAUACCUUGCAGAUUCUCCUCCCACCCGGCAUCGGUAUCCGAUAUAACGUCUUUCUGAGGAUGGAGCAGAGAUUGACCGAGCUUCCCUCUUCACAUACCUCCAUUCAACGCUAUAAUCGUGCACGAGAAGACUUUAUCAACCAAUGCCUCUAUUCUAAGCCAGAAUACCCUGUGAGGGGUAUCUCGCCUUCGAUACACCGCUAUGCCCUUGAGCCAGGAUUUGAGUGCUCGUCCAUCGAUGAUAUAGUGGCGGACGAGGAAACCAGUGCUGACUCGAUGUCUACGACUACUUUCAACAAAAACCUUGUUCCCCGCUCGCAACUGGGGCUCCUUGGAACAGCUAAUGAUUGGGGUCGUAGCUGGGCUAGACUAACAGAAAAUACUCAGGUCUUGCUCCCUGCUGAUGUUACUUCUCAGUAUCAUCUAUUUCUUCGGUGUUCCAUCUUAUCCGAUAAUCGUUGGGCAGGCUGGGAAAGCGCCGUUGCCGAUUUCGCAGGAGCUUGCACAAAAUUUGCCAAUUAUUUGGGAAAAUAUCAAGGAGAUACAUUAUAUGUUCUAGAAAGGAAUAUGGCUGAUCCAGUGCUUUCUUCCAUUGCUGGCGCUUUACGGUCGUACUACCAUGAUGUCGCGGAGAAAGCCUGCUUAUACGCUCAGUUAGCACCAACUGAUGCCUCUUUCCGUGAUACUCUAACGAAACAUUUGGAACGGCGUCCUAAACGCAAACGCUGCGUGAAGCUUGAAAUGGUUCUGGAACCGCUUGCUGAAGUGCAAGAAGAUGUUGCUACAGAUUCCGAUACAAAGGGUGGCGAAUGGGGAUCAGAACCAAGUCUGCAGUUCUCAGUGACAACAACUGUCCUGUGCCCAUGUGCCAGUGUCGAGAUUGAGUCACCAAGGGGAAAGAAAGGUUCAGGCAUUGGGAGCCUCCGUAGGACCGCAAAAUUUCUAUCGCAUAGAAUGCCUGCUAGAUUUUGCGAACGAUUGAUUGCAUUGGUAGCCCGGUCCAUCUAG